UCGAUCAUUCACAACUUAAAUGGAGUGAAAAUUGUUUCAGAAAUCCCUCACAUGUUCCUCAGCUGCACAACAGCAUGAAUACAAACAGUUCAACUACAUUUAUUUUUAUGUUUAUUCCUUUCAGAGACUGUUAAGGGGAGUUUGAUUCACACAAUAAUUUAAUGCAAUCAAAGUUAAAUUAUUACGUCAAAAAGAACGUUCUUCUCAAUCUGUCACGGUCUUGUAGGAGGAGCUGCUGAGAUCGGCUCCUCAUAGGUCCGCAGCUCCCACAUAAAGGCCGACACACCGCAGCUCUCGCUCACAUUCAUCUUUGUGUUUGCACAGAAGAAGAAGACGACAAAAUGAGCGGUAGAGGAAAGGGAGGCAAAGGACUCGGUAAAGGAGGCGCCAAGCGUCACCGUAAAGUYCUCCGUGAUAACAUCCAGGGAAUCACCAAGCCCGCCAUCCGCCGUCUGGCUCGCCGCGGGGGAGUCAAGCGUAUCUCCGGUCUCAUCUACGAGGAGACCCGCGGUGUGCUCAAGGUCUUCCUGGAGAACGUCAUCCGUGACGCCGUCACCUACACCGAGCACGCCAAGAGGAAGACCGUCACCGCCAUGGACGUGGUGUACGCUCUCAAGAGGCAGGGCCGCACUCUGUACGGAUUCGGAGGCUAAACGGUGAACUCUGCUUACUAAACCAAACAAAGGCCCUUUUCAGGGCCACCCACUUACCGAUU